UAAUUGACACUUUAGAUAAGACGAUUAAAAUACGAUGUUCUGUUUAGAUUCAUUUAAAAACUAAUUUGAAAAUUGCAGGAGAUUAAAGAAUAAAAUUAAAAAAAUGACAAGAAAAAUUCUUCUAAUUCACGCUAAAAGCUCAUUGCAUUUAAAGAAAUAAAGGAUAACACAUUCCAAAGAUUGUCAGGUUAGGAUUAAUAACAUCGAUAGGGGAGCACGAUAUAUAUAUAUAUGUACAUUUAAUCACUUGUGGUUGUUUAUCACCGGCUAAUCGCAAUACCAGGAUGAUACUGAAAACCGGAUUUUGUGGCGUGAUAUUAAAUUGUAAUACUCUGAUACGAAGGUCACAUAAACUUUCAUCGUUGAAAGUAUAUUUUUAAGUAGUGAGAUGCAUAUAAUGUGCAAUAAUAGUGUUCAUUGAUGAACCUUACGCAAAUGACAGGAAAAAAUAUUUAUAUCGCACAAAUAGACAUCUUAGGACAGAUUUUGUAAGCAUUGCGGAUUUUUCAAAAGUAAAAACAAGUGAAAAUGUAUGUUAUACAGAGGUGGGGAUAACCAAAUAAAUCCCGCUCAACAUAGUGUGUCAUUUCCGCUAAUUGGGAAGGGGAAUUUUACUACGAUUAUUAAACUACUGUUCUUAACCACAAUCUCGGAAGUGAUUAUAAAUUCUUCUGAAAUUAGCUGUGAAUUUUUUUUUUUUUCUUUUUUUCUUUUUUUUUUUAUCAAAGAGAAAUUUCUACAAUACCUAUUCUAAAUUUUAAAAAUAUUUAUAACACUUGAUUGUACAUUGUAUGUUACUUUUAAGCGCUAUUUUUUUUUUCUAUAAUAAGAUAUAUAAAAGAUAAUUUAAGCUUAAUGGAUAAUUCAUUAAUUUUGCCGAUCGCCUUGUAAAAUUGCAUUUUUUAAAUUUUAUUAAAUUUUAUUGAUUUUCUUAUUUUUUGUUUUAUUAUUAUUAUUAUUAUUAUUAUUAUUAUUAUUAUUAUUUUUAUUAUACGAGAUAGACAAUUGGUCGAACGAAUAAUCACGUGUUGUAAUGUGUAACAGCGUUAUAAAUUAAAACUAGCAUUUUCAAAUCAUGCCGGAUAUUAAAAACGUUAUAGAAUUGCUAUGUAAACAUUUGAAUUUAUCAAUUAAAGUGGCAAUUCAACCGGAAUAUUUUAGGUUAUCUAAAUAUAAUAAUACAACGCAAAAAUCUGAUACAUUAUGGACAAUGUUACACAUAUUAAGUUUUUAUGCGGCGAAAGAAAAACAAAAUGACAUAUACUUUGAGGAAUAUGAUAAAUUAUCUGCUACAAAAUUAUAUUUUGCUUUUUUACAAUAUCCAGAAAUUGAAUUUUAUGGUUUAUCAGAAAGCUGCCAUAACAAUAGAGUACUUCUAUUAGCAUUUGCAUGGCUUUUAGCGACACAAAAUGUUUUGAGUAUUGUAGUACGUGUCAAUUUGACAUCUAGUCUUUUAGGAAGAGAAUGUUCAUGCCCUAAUAUAUCUUUGAAAGAAGUAUCUAGAGUAGAAACGUCAUGCUCUGUACAUACACAAAUAAAAAAUAUUAUCCAUCACAAUAGUAAAGUAAAUUUUAAUAUUAAACAUAUAUUCGAAUUAAUUUGCAAAAAAGUAAAAUUGUUAAAUAAAGUUCAUGGUGCUAGCAUGAAUUUUGAUCAUCUUGUACAUAUGAAUGUAAUGGAAAUCGCAUUUAUAAAACAAUUAUUAGCCUUACAUACAGAUUCAAAUUUUAAUCAAUGUAAACAACAACAGUCAGAUUUGCGUGCUAUUGGUGUGAUGUUGGAUAUACAUUUAAAAUGGAUGGAAAAAGAACAUCUAUUUUAUGAUUGGAUGAUAACUGUGAUCAAGGAAUAUGAGAAAUCUGUAGAUAUUAAUAUAAAUAGAAUAAGUUGGGAUGAAAUUGGUAGUUUCAUUUCUUUGUUAGAACAGAUCAUAAAAAAAAAAUUAUAUUCCGUUUGCUCAGAAAAAACAGAAGACAGGCUGGAAUGUUAUAACACUUUCCAAUGUACAUCUCGUUUAUUAAGAACAUCCGAUGUCAAAUGCGAAGUUAAUAAAUGGUUAAUGGAUGUAACCAUUCAACUGAAUCAAGUAAAAGAAACACUUGCAAAAAAUAAAGAAGAACUCGCAUUACAAUUGAAAAAUAUAUUAAUGAUUGUGCCAUUGUGUAUUCAAGUUUAAUACUGCUAUAGUAUUCUUUUAAGAAGUAUAUAUACAAUUAUAAUUUUUAAUGGAUUCUUAUAAAGAUACCAUGCGUCAAAUAGAUCUAAUUUAUAAGAAAAAAAUAUUAACAAAAACUAAAAAAAUCAAAUCCCCAUUUAGACUUGAUUAAUAUAUAUUAAACAAAAAUUUAUCUAAAUGUCACGAUGUGGGUGUUGUUAUCAGGUCAAUUACACCGAACGAUGAAAUAAAAACGUUGAGAACCGUAACGAGAAAUAUACCGAUAACGGUCCAAUUAUUAGCAGUAUCGGCUUUACACAUUUGCGCGUCAACUUUUACAUCGUAUCUACUAUUCCAAAUUAAUCCAAUUCCGACUAUAACUUGAAUGAGUAAACUGGAAGUAAUCAUUGUCAAUGAUGGAUAAUAAUAUGGAUGCCGACCGUCGGUUUGCAGAACAUAGCGCAAUUGAUUAGCGUUAGCUGAUAACAAUGCUAAAUCCAUCAUUCCUUGAGCAAGAGUUUUUUUAUGCUGGUAAAUGUUUACAUCCGGUAUCGGUUGAUUCGGUGGUUGAGGAAAAAAAGGAUGUUGUCCGCUAGGGUAAUUCGGUUGUCCAAAUGUUGUUUCUGGUAUAAGACCAUCAUCGAUACCUUUAUCGCCUGGCCGUGAAGGAAUGCCAGGUUCUAAAUCGUCUAUCUCUGGACCCGAAGUUGGCCGUGGAUUAUAAUUGUUGUCUGUUUCUAAAAGUGGACCGAACCGUGGUUCUACGCUUGGUAAUGGAUUUUCCAACCCGGCAGUUAAUGGUUGUAAACUCUCAUCCGGAAUUUCGUCCAUAUAUAAUAUUUCAUCGUGAUCACUGUUCGUUUGUUUAUUCAUUAUGAACACAAAGAAAAAACUGUAUUAACUUUUUAUUCUUUUAUUUUUAUUAAACGAAUGUAACCGCCACAAUGGAAUGAUCCUUAAUUAUAUAGCUAUUGUUCUCGAUCGAUCAUUCAAUAAUAUAUAGUACUUAAAAAUAGUACAAAUAAACUCAACGAACAUUAAUACAUCGUAAUAUUUAUUAAAAAUAUACACACGCGAACAACACAAUGUGCACUCUAAUAUCGUGAAUCACUCCUUGUAUAAUUAGACGGACAAACUGAUCUCCGUUUGGAAUCACGUGCGGAUUUAUAUAAUAUUACGUAUGACGAUAUGUUUUCCUAUUUUGAGAAAAAAAUAAUUGUUUAUAUUUUAUUUUCGUAAAAAACUUUAACAAUUUGAAAAAUAUAUUUAUAGAUAGGUGAUAAAAAUGUCUUGCCAUUGAACGUUCUACUACGACGACUGAACAUAACUAUGUCCCCAUCGAUUCUGUACUAAAGGUCACUUGAUCGUAGAUAGCUGAUUCAUUCCUAUGAUACAUCAAACUUAGAAAACCCAAUAGUAUUAUAAACGUAUUCUUCCAGUUUUUUUUUCUUCCGAGAAAAAAAAAAGUGAAAGUAGGCGUUUAAAGAGAAGUGAAAAAGAAUCUUUUUCUUUGACUCAUUCGUACUUCGUUUCUUCAAACUGUUGCAAUGAUUUUAUCCUUGUUUUUCAUAUUGAAUUUAUAUAAAUAAAUAAAUACAAUUUUUAUAACUUUUUUUAUAAUGUCAUAAGCAUAUAUUUUCGUUAGAACAGAAUUAGAGAUGAUAAUAUUGAACGAUCCGUUGUCAAGUAAACAGUCACUGCGUUGAUAUACGUAAAAGUUAAAUCUUUCACGACUGCAUUCCUAUAAAUCGUCGAGAAAUUCCAUUGUAAUAUUUGCUAAUUCGAAAUAAAUAUAAAAUGAUCAGGUCGGAUUUAAAUGAAUAUUUAAUUUAUUAUAUUUCAUCGUACGAUUGAUUCGUCCGUUUAAAAUUUUAUUUAACGAAUUAACAUGAUACCUUAUAAAAAAUGCUGUGCUCAAUGUCCAGGCGUGAUAGAUGUUCCGGAAUG